GAACCCUUUACAGCACAUUAUAUCACACACUUUAUUAAAUUUAUUGUUUAGUUGGUUCCACUGUAAAAAAGUGUGUUGGUAACACUUAAAAAUUAUUUAUUUCUUUUAUAAUUUUUGCGUGUAUCUGAGUGCUUGUGGGUACUCCUCAGUAUUUCCGCAAAGGUUAUUCGUAAACAUGCCACGUGAAAUUAAAGAAAUUAAGGAUUUUCUCCUUAAAGCAAGAAGGAAAGAUGCAAAAUCUGUUAAAAUAAAGAAGAACCCAGAAAAUGUUAAAUUCAAGGUUCGCUGUUCUAGAUUUUUAUACACCCUUGUAAUCACCGACAAAGAAAAGGCAGAAAAACUAAAACAAUCUCUACCACCAGGUUUACAAGUUAAAGAAGUUAAAUAAGGUUAAUUAUUAUGUAUUAUUUGUACAA